CGAGAGAAAAUGUUCUUACAUCUAGAUUACCGAAUCACACUUGCUUGUGGAACUAUUUAAAUGCUAAUAUCAACCGCGAAAGCUCUCCAGUGUCGAAUUGAACUGCCCGAGGAUGCGUUCAAAGGCGAUAAUCUUUACCAUCCUUUUAGCGUGCUUAAGUAUCGCGAUUGCCGAGGAUUUUGGAAAAGUGCAUUUUCAACACGAUAUAAAUAUCGCAGUUUCAUCGAACGAUGAAGAUCAGCAGAAAGUCGAAUCUUCCAAGGAUGAUAAAAAGGAAAACGUUGUAAAAGUCAAAGUAGGUCCAAAAGCUGGAUCAGAGGAAAAGCCAUCUGCGGCCAGUGCGGAUAUGUCGGCUGGCAAACGUCAGGCUUUGAUUGCUGAUUUAUUGGUAACGAUCAGUGAUAUGCUUAAAAAACAUCCUGCCCUUUUGAACAACGUCAAAUCAGCAGCAUCCGGUGAAGCCAAAGCACAAAAGGAAAACUGUGAUGAAUAAUGUGUGAUAAUUGAUAUGAUCAUAAAAGUAAUUUGAAAAAAACUUGCUUAUGAUCUUGAAGUUCAAUAAACUAUCAUAUUGAUACAAAAAUGAGGUAUUUCAUUCAUUACAACCUUUUCCUCUUGAUGAAUUUAUUUUUACUUCGUAUAGUAUGUCUACAGACAAGUAAGUGGGUCAUAAUUCGCAUCAAAAUUUGCAGCAGUUGCAGUUUCAAAAGCCAUUCAUGUUUUAUAAGUAUUUACAAUACAUGGACAAUUUUGUCUACGUUUUUUCAUUUAAUAAAUUCAAUGAUUAAUACGUAUCAGCUGACUUUCAAUUUAAAGGCUUUGAUAAUAUUACAAAUUAUAAAUCGUUAACGAGGAUGAAUCUCAAGUUGACCAGCCGGAUUGUUACUCAAUUAAACAAACAAAAGUGUCGCAUACGCGUGCAACAAAUAUCGAUGCAGCAAUCGCAACAAUACGUUCUCGAAAUUCCAUUUGGUGCCAUCUCUCUUUCUUUCCAUACGUAUGCGCAAGAGUCGUUCUUUUUUUCUUCGGGCCCGCAUAAA